AUGUAUACUCUGUGUCUCUCCAUCUUACAACAUUUUGUAGGAACCAAUGUCCCUAUUGGAGAAAAAAUCCAGACACUUCUUCAAAACCUUAGGUGUCCUUCUCUUACCCACUUUAGAUGGUAUAAGGAUACUUUUCUUUCAAGAGUUUAUCAAUUAAACAAUCCCAUUUCUUUGCAUUGGAAAGCAAAAUUUAUUGAUGGAUUACCCCAUUUCUUUUCUGAAAAGGUUAGACAAUCUUUAAGACAAAAAAAUGAUGGGAUAAAUAUAAAUUAUUCUGACCUUACUUAUGGUCAUAUAAUUAGCACUUGUGUUAAUGAAGGAUUAACUUUAUAUAAUGACAUAAAGCUUAGAAAUCAACUUAAAAAGCAAAAGCUUUCGGAGAUACACCAACUUGGUGAAUUUUGCGAACAAUUUUCUUUUGAUCUUGAAAAAUCUCCAGAUAAUAAUAAUAAGAAAAAAGGAAAAAAUUUCCGCAAUAAACCUUAUAAGGAUAAGUCAAAAAAUUCUUAUAAAAAUUCCUAUAAGAAUAAGAAAAAGGGUCACUACAAUAAAGGUAGACCUGAAGAAAAAUCUUUUGACCCUAAAGGUAAAAGAAAAGCCAAAAAGCUUGACAUAACGUGUCAUAAAUAUGGCAAACAUGGUCAUUAUGCCAAUCAAUGUUGGACUAAAAAAGCUCUUAAUGAGAUAAAAGAUGAACAAUUACGUUCUCAAUUAGAAAAAGUUUUACUUCUCAAUUCUGAUUCUGAAAAUUAUUCUUCAGAAGAGGAUAUUAAUAUGAUUUAUGAAUCCUCUACUGAAUGCUCUUCUGAAAAUUCUGACAGUAAUGAUUGUCAAUGUAAUCAAUUAGAUUACUGGAAAUCAAUUGUUGAUAUGAAUGGGUUAAAUGUUUUAACCUCAGAACAAGACGAAGCUAUAAAAGCUAUAGAAUCUAUUUCUAAUAAAUAA